AUGAAGAUUGCAAGGACGCCGGAUUUCAAAGGCUUACCAAGAACAUUGAUGAUGGCGGUACAAAGAAAAAUGAUGUUGAAUGAAGGUAUUGAUGCAGAUUGUUGCAGAGAGAAUGCAUAUGUUUCAUAUUGGAGAUGUGAUUUCACCUUGCUACGGUUCAGAGAGAGAGAGAGAGUCGAUGAAGAUAGAUCCAAGAGUCUUAAAGAUAUAGCGAUGAUGAAGUUACAGCAGGACUGUUUUGGAAUUGAUAAUAACUGUUUCUCUUUGUUGUGUAAAUGUUCAGGAUUGCUUUGGAUUGAAACAAAAGGCAUAGAUCAUGGAAAAUUACAAUACGCCGGUUUGGUCAUGAAGAAGGUAAUGAAGAUGGAAGCAACAAGGUUGCAUUUCAAACACGACAAGGCCACACAAAAAGCGAUGAUGAGAAUCAAUAUAUGCACCUUUAAUUGUAUUUCUCGUUUUUUGUAG